UGGAAGGCGGCAGGCGCCAUGGGCAGAGUGAGGAACGGCGCCGGCACCCAGCCGCGGGGGCGGAAGCGGCCCGGGGAUCCCGCCGCCGCUUGCACAGCCAUCGCGGUGAUGGGCGCGCGGCGCCCCCCUUUCCAAGUCCGCGUGGGGAGCCACGCGGCGGGAAGGAAGCCGGUGGCGGCCAGGCGGGAUCCCGCAAGGUUGCGGCGGAAGCGCUGGUGGCGGCGGGCCCGGGAGGCAGGCUCCAAAGGGCCGCUGCGAUCCCCGAAGCCGCCGGCGCCCGCUGUGUCCCCCGGCGAGAUGGACCUGGGCGCGCAGCGGGAGCGCUGGGAGACGUUCAGGAAGCGGCGGGGCCUCAGCUGCGAGGGCGCCGCCAAGUUCCUGCUGGACACCUUCGAGUACCCAGGCCUGGUGUAUCACACGGGAGGCUGCCACUGCGGCGCGGUCCGCUUCGCCGUCUGGGCCCCCGCAGACCUGCGCGUGGUGGAUUGCAGCUGCAGGCUGUGCAGGAAGAAGCAGCACCGACACUUCCUGGUGCCGGCCUCGCGCUUCACUCUCCUGCUGGGCGCCGAGAGCAUCGUCACCUAUCGAUCCCACGCGCACCCGGCGCUGCACAGCUUCUGCAGCAGGUGCGGGGUGCAGAGUUUCCACGCCUCUGUCUCUGACCCCGGCGUGUAUGGCGUCGCCCCGCACUGCCUGGACGCCGGCACGGUGCGCAGUGUGGUCAUCGAGGAGGUCGACGGGGGCGACUGGGGGGAGGAGGCCGUGAAGGAGCCCAAGGCCAUCCAGCACGCGUCCCCCGAGUGAGCCCCUGCCUCUCCUCCCGAAGAGGAGCGGUGACUGGGGCCGAAACACGCCUGAAACAUGCCCGGUUCCCCCCUCCAUCCCCACCCCUCCCCUCGAGGAUUGCUGUAUGAAAGAGGUCGGUUUCUGGACUGGUGAACCCGUGAUGUCUCUCCAGCCCCCCACCCCUUCCCUUUCAGUGUUUUGUGACGGACUUGGACUUGCUUAUGAUUAAAAAACUGAGCACACAUUUGUCUGUCCACAGCCCGAAUCUUCCAAUCCAAUAAGUAGCGUCUCUACUUUUUCAAGUCGCCUUGUGUAACACUCCCUUGUAUUCUUUAUUCUUCAUAGAGUUCUCAUAGGUCAUUUUCAGAUCAUUCAUACGUACUGUACCGUUAUGGUGCUAUUGUGAACAAGAUUGUUUUUAACGGCCGCACCUGGUAUGUAGGACCACUCACUAUAUCCAAACACUUCUGUGAACACUUAUUAGGACGCUUCCUAUUGAUUAUCUGUGUGCAUGUGUGUGUGUUAGGUUAAGCACUCACGUUUUCGCUACUUAGAGAUAUGCAUUGGUUUCAGCCACAUUGCUUAUUUAAUGUGUUUUUGUAUAAUAUGUUUAAGGCUCAUUAGUGUGACAUACCUCAUUGCACUUACGUUUUCAAAUGCCAUUUUGCUUGGUUUUGUUUUAGAAACUGCCUGUGGGUAGGGUGAUGGGGGGACAGAAGAAUGAGAAAGAUGUCUGUGCACUGUAUGUACGCCUUCUUUGAUGUUUUGAAAUUCCUAUCUUGAACAUGUGUUAAGUAUUCAGAUAAAAAGUGUUCCAGAAAUAAAUACUUAGUAACUAGAAAACUAUGCAUUUCUAUGUUGUACAUUAUAAAUCAGCAUCAAUUUAUAUGUAAUUUCUUGAUACCUGAGAUUUUUAUCAAACAAUAGGUGUCUUUUCCAAUCAAAUGAUAUGUAUAAAGACCAUCAUUUAAUAGCUUCGUAGAAUUAAAAAAUGUGGAUCUUCCAUAACCUAUUUAACCAACCUCUUCUCAUGGAUAGUUGCCUUUUUUCCCAGCUUUUCACUAUAAUGGUAAUAUUUUGAAGGAGAAAAGUAUGAAUAAAGACUCUCAGUGUUCUCUCCCUUGGAUAAAAGGGCCUGGAACUCUUUCCAUCUCUUUUUCUUGCUGUCUGUCUCUCUUCUGUACAUAUAUUUCAUUAGAUGUGCAUACAGUAUACAUUGAAUUAACGACAUAUCUAUCAAUAACUUAAAAAUGAACUAAAUAGGUAUGUGUUUCCAUGUAUUGCAAAUAACACGACAGCCAUCACACAGAGACGCUAUCAUCCUUCAAUCCUUACCUCUCAUUUUCCAUCAUCCCCCCCACCCCAUCCUAGAGGAAGGAAAUUUAUGACUUGGUUUCCCUAACAUGACCCUCUACUCCUCAAGCUUCCUCCUUUAUUAUUUGGAAUAGCUUGGCCUAUCCCUUUACCAUCUAGAGGUUGGGUUGAGGUAGAAAAGGCAGAGAGAGAGGGAGAGAACAUGAACAUGCACAUAUGCCCCUACGAGAUUCAGUCAUCCUGGUGGUCAGAAAAGACCAAAUUACACCUAGAGUUACACCUCUAUGACAUUCCAUGGUCCAUUGCAUGGAUGGGAUCCAGAGAGAAAUAAAAGAAGAUGGCUCAAGACUUCAUGCUUCUACCACGUCAGUGUUUCUGUACCAAUAAA